GAUCAAAUGUUUCAUACCCUAAAAAGUCAGAAAACAUACUGAAUUGCCAUAACCAUGAGCCAGCCCUAGAUUCUAUACCCUAACUGCAGAUUUCUCAUUUAAGGGAUAAUCUCAGCUUUUUCCAUAAACAAAUCUCUCUCCACCUCUCAACCUAAGCUGUCCUCUCUUGUCCAAGUGUAUACACAUACACGCAUACAUAUACAUAUACAUAUAUAUAUAUAUAUGAAUAUAUUGUUGAUUACAGAAACAACAAAUCAUUAAAAAAAAAGAGAAAAAAUGGAUCUAAAGGCGUCACCUUUCCUCCCCCUCGCCAUCUUACUCAUCCUCUCUUCUACCACCAUCUCCGCUCUUAACAUUACCAGAGUGCUUGAGAAAUUCCCCAACUUCAGCACCAUGAACGAGCUCUUCACCGAGACCGGCGUGGCCGCCACCAUCAACCAACACCAAACCAUAACCGUCCUGGCGGUUGAUAACGGCGCCAUCGGCUCCAUCUCGGCUAGACCAGAGGAGGAACAAAAGAACAUCCUCAUGACCCAUGUGGUUCUUGACUACUUUGACGAGCUCAAGCUCAAGGGCCUAAAGGACAGGAGCAAUAUGUUCACUACUCUCUACCAGACCACCGGCCUCGGAGAACAACAAAACGGGUUCCUCAACUGCACCAAUAUCAACGGGACGUUGGCCUUCGGCUCGGCGGUAAAGGGUGCGCCUUUGAACGCUCGGUACGUUACCACCGUUUUCCAGAACCCUUACAACUUGUCAGUGAUUCAGAUCAGCACGCCCAUUGUGGCUCCUGGACUCGGGUCACCGAUUCAAGCCCCUCCCCCACCGCCCAUUGUGGCUCCUGGACCCGGGUCACCGGUUCAAGCCCCCCCCCCACCGCCCAUUGCGGCUCCUGAACACGGGUCACCCGCUCAAGCCCCUCCCCCACCGCCCGCCCCGGCUCCCAAGAAGGUGGUCAAGGCUCCAGCCCCUGCACCAAGUGGUGAGGACGACGACUCAGACUCCAGCCCCCCGCCGAAAACCGCCCCUCCGCGAGCCCCAUCCAAAGGUGAUGAUGAUUCCUCUGCUGGAUCUGGACCAGCCCCAUCCGAAGGUGAGAGCGAACCGCCCUCUUCUCUGGCUCCUAGUGCCGGUUCCAGCUUUGGUGCGGCACUCUUGAUUGGAUUGGUGGCUAGCUUUGCUGGGUUCUGA